AUGAAGGUAAUAUCAUUAGGCUUAAUUUCCUCAAUAAUAUUUAGUAUAUUUUUAGCAAAAAAAAAUUCGGGGUCAAAUUCUACCACGGGCUGCUUUCCAUUCUGUAAAAAGAAAAAAAAUGGAGUCGAUCAUGUAUAUGAGCUAGCUAAAAGUACGGAUUGUGACCCUAAAGGUAUCGAUUAUGACCCUGAUCUUCCAAAUCUUAAAUUUAUAGAUGAACCCACUUCAGUAGUAUUAGAAGUUUGCAACGAACGUAAAAGUAAAUUAAGUGAACUCUUUGCAUCAGAAAUCGAUGAUACUGUCAUUGAUCAAGUGAACGGAUUUUUAAGAAGAGAAAAUAAAUCCAGUAAAAAAGGAUGGUAUGUUAGACCAUAUGAAGAAUAUGAAAAUAUGAUUAAUAUUAAAUUUAUAUCUGUUGAUAACGAUGCCCAGCCUUUGCAACACAGCCUAAAUAUUGCACAUAAACUCAGUACCUCACCAGAACCACCUAAGGUAUUUGAAAAACACAGAUCAAGUCCAAUAAGUGAAACUGACACAAGUAUACCACAUGAAAAUGACGAAAGUACACUACAUGAAGAUCAAGAAUUAGAUGAUGAAGUUACAUCAUAUCUCGGGGAUGGAGAAAAUACAAAUGAAGAUCAAGAAUUAGAUGAUGAAGUUACAUCAUAUCUCGGGGAUGGAGAAAAUACAAAUGAAGAUCAAGAAUUAGAUGAUGAAGUUACAUCAUAUCUCGGGGAUGGAGAAAAUACAAAUGAAGAUCAAGAAUUAGAUGAUGAAGUUACAUCAUAUCUCGGGGAUGGAGAAAAUACAAAUGAAGAUCAAGAAUUAGAUGAUGAAGUUACAUCAUAUCUCGGGGAUGGAGAAAAUGCAAAUGAAUACGAAGCUGAAGAAGAUGAUGCAGGUGAGGAACAGGAAGAUGAAGACGCUGCGCCAUAUCUCGGAGACAAAGAUGAAGAAUAA